CACUGAUAGAAACAAGAUGAAUUAAUGACGAUUCAGAAAAUUUAUAACUUUUAAAGAUUUAAAUAAAUCCUAUGGUGGGACUUUUGCCAUUUAUGGAUGGUACGACAGAAAAUUCUGGUGCCGUCGAACUUAAUCGAAUGCUUUUAUUUAUAUCGUUCGAAUGACCAAGUGCCGUUAAAAAGCAAAUUGUAUGGCUUUGUGCUAUUCGCGUAUGCUAGCUACAUCAUGCUAACAUCGUACAGGGACCAGUAAAGGCUUACAACACACUAGCACUUAGUUAUUGUAAGUUUGAUCACCUCUACUGUGAAGUGAAAAAGUGGACAAAUUACGUUUUCUGUGAGAAAUCUAUUGGCGAGCUCACGUGCACACACAGCGGUCUACAUUCUAAAGCUCCACUUUGCCCUCCCUAAUGAUAGGGAAUUAACUGACAGACAGACUUCUGGAAGCACAGAGGCCAAGAUUCUGAGGACUUAAAGAUACAGAAAAUGCAGAUCAUAACAGAGCCACUGUGAUGCUUAGCUGAGCCACUAGUGCUUAGCCGUGCACCAUCGCAGUGCUUUAAAGAAACUCCAUCCAUCCAUCCAUCUAUUAUCUUAAACCACUUAUCCUAAACAUGGUCGCAGGGGGGUUGGAGCCGAUCAUACAUUGGGCGAACGGCAGGAAUACACCCUGGACAGGUCGCCAGUCCAUCGCAGGGCACACACACCAUUCACUCACACACUCAUACCCACAGGCAAUUUAGACUCUCCAAUCAGCCUAACCUGCAUGUCUUUGGACUGUGGGAGGAAACCCACACGAACACGGGAAGGACAUGCAAACUCCACAAAGAGAGGCCCCGGCCGACUGGGAUUAUGAACCCAGGACCUCCUUGCUGUGAGGUGGCAGUGCUACCCACUGCACCAUCCAUGCUGCCCUGCUUUAAAGAAACAGUUUUUUAAAAUGACACAUUUUACUUGGGGUGGAUGUGAAGGGUCUGGGACCCUUCCUUGGACCUCAUAUUCCAGGGCGUAUGACUGUGGUCUGUUUUUGAGCAUCUCAGGUGCAGAUUCUGAGAAUCGGGAGGAGACCACAGACAACCAAUCCAGUCUGGGCACAGAACCACCAGCACCAGAGAAGACAUCCUCAUGCCUGGCCCAGUCCCAACCCUCCUCUGCUGACCCAGCUAAGUCAAAUGAAAAGAGAUGUUCAGCAGAUACUGAAAACAUGGAUGGCACCUCGAGUGUACGGUUAAGGCAUCGGACUUUGGUUCAACACACCAGGAGUCCAGUCAGGCCUGUGCAUGAGGGAGCAGCUCUGAUGAUGGGGGGAGGGACUCGGCAGGGAGGAUCACUGCAUACAAGUGUCCCUGAACACCUCAGAAUCACGGCCCAGGGCUAGAGAUGACUUGAUGAUGAACAGGGAACCAGUCUGGAGGAGCUGCUGAGUGACCUGGGACUGGAACACCACUUGAAGAACAAGCUGACUCUGAGCCAGGUGCUGGAGAUUGAUGGAGAGACUUUAUCUGAUGAAAGCAUCCAGUCUCUGAAAUCUCUGCCAUGGUGUUUCCUGAGGAAGCUGAUGAUGGUGAAUGUGUCGUUUCGUAGAAUGAGCUGCUCCUCACAAAAGGACACAGAGCCCCAAAACCUGGAUAGCUUACUGAGCACUGAGCACAAUCCACAGGACCACAGUAACAGAGUCAACCCUCUGGACCUCAUAACUGCUGUAUUUCUGUGCUCAGAUGGUUUUCUCCAGCAGGAGAUGGUUUUGAAAAUGUCCAUGUGCCAGUUCUCUGUGCCUCUGCUGCUUCCUACAUGUGAUACCCAGCAGUGCACUUUCAUGCUGUGGGCCAUGAGGGAUAUUGUGAAAAAGUACAAGACACCCUCUUUGGAUGACCAAAGAGGAUUUGUGGAGGAGAGCAUUGUUCUCUCUGACCUCCCCAUGGUCUCUUUUGUGAGGCUGGGAAACAGCAGCAUAUCCAAGUCUCACAUUCUGAACCAAGUCCUCAGCAACCCUCAGCAGUACCGGGACACCUUUGUUCACAAAAACAUGGAGUGUGGUGACACCCCAAGGAGGAUUUCCAAUGGGCUGGUGGAAAUCAGCUGGUAUCUGCCCAGUGGGAACAAAAACACUGACAUCUUCUCUGAGCCUCUGGCUAUAGCUAACCUCCGUGGGGACCUCAGAGACUUUGAAACUCAGUACGAUUUCCUCUGCCGCACAUCGACUGCUAUAUUUGUGUUUUGCGAUGACUUUAAGUUUGAACAAAGAUUUCUGGACUCUAAGAAAUUUAAGACUCAUUGGAUUUUGAUCACCAAUUCACAGAGCCAGAGCUUCAAUGAGGAUGACUUCAGGACAUGUGUUUCUGAGACAAAACCCAGGAACAUCAUCAAAAAGCAUCGGCGGAUGAAUGAUGCAGAAUUCAACAAAAAACUGUGUUCGGCUAUCCGUGGAAUUUUAAAGGAAAACAUUAAAAUGAGCAUUGAAAGGAUGUCUGAUGUUGCCCUUGAUUUAGGGAUCCAUGUUGAUGAAGAAUACAUCCACUGUAAGAGGGGCAAGCAGAAGGCUGAUGAAAUCACAGGAGGAAUAUCUGACCUAUCGAGCUUCAAGGAGAAAGAGCUGCCCUUGCAAGGGACUGCAUGGAAACAGCUGGCCAAACUGGAGAAGGAACAGUGCAGGAUGAAAAAUGCUGGGGAGAAAAACAUAGAAGUUUACAAGAAUGAGCUUGCAGAUCAGAGGCAGAAGCUCAGAGAACAGCAGAGGGCUCACAGCAUCUCUGAUUCUAUGUCCCGUUUCAUCUCCGCGAUGUGCAAUUCCACAGAGGAGCGCAAGUAUUUCCUCAAGUGGAUGAAGAUCAAUCUGGAUAAUCUGGCGCGCACACACCUUCCACCUCUUCGAGCAAAGUACAAGGAACAGAGUUCCUCAGAAAACAAGGAGCUCAUUGCUAAGUUGGACAGGGAGAUCUCCAGCUGCUCCUUGGGGACGGAGCACUUCUUGAGGGAAAUAGGUCAGCUGUACGAGUCGGCCUAUUCUCUCCCCGAAGCCCUCACCCCAGAGAUUAAGCGCCUGCCACGUCUCUGUGCAGAGCUGCUACAGGAGGGCUUUCCUCUUGAGCUGGUGGAUGGAGACUCAAGCAAUGUUCCUCUGGAGUGGAUGACACAGGUUCUGAAAGAACUCCAUGAUCUAACAAAGAAUACAUGUAAGAUCAGGGUGAUCUCUGUUCUGGGGGUACAGAGCACUGGGAAGUCCACCCUCCUGAACACCAUGUUUGGGGUCCAGUUUGCUGUCAGCAGUGGCAGGUGCACCAGAGGGGCCUUCAUGCUCCUCAUCAGAGUGAAAGAGGAUUAUAAAGUGCGGCUUGGGUGUGAUUGCAUCAUGAUUAUUGACAGUGAAGGUUUGAAGGCACCACAGUUGGCACAGCUGGAUGACAGUUAUGAGCAUGAUAAUGAACUGGCCACUCUGGUGGUGGGGCUGAGUGACAUCACAGUCAUCAACAUCGCCAUGGAGAAUUCCACGGAAAUGAACGAUAUCCUGCAGAUUGUGGUGCACGCCUUCCUGCGCAUGAAAGAAGUUGGGAGAAAACCCUGCUGUCAGUUUGUGCACCAGAAUGUGCCAGACAUCUCUGCCCAUGACAGUAACAUGAGAGACAGGAAGCUUCUGCUGGAGAAGCUGAAUGAGAUGACCCAAGCAGCAGCUAAGAUGGAAAAGAAGGGAAACAACUACACAUUUACUGAUGUCAUGGAGUAUGAUCCAGAGAAAAACACCUGGUACAUCCCUGGGCUCUGGAAUGGGAACCCUCCCAUGGCACCUGUCAAUGUUGGCUACAGUGAGUCUGUGGAUCUUUUCAAGAGGAGUGUGGUUGAGAAGUUUCUGGAACAAAAAUCUGGAAACAGCUCAGCACACACAAUCAUUGAGUUCCUUGAAUGGACCAAGAGCUUAUGGAAAGCAGUGAAGUAUGAGAACUUCAUCUUCAGUUUCCGCAACAGCCUUGUGGCUGAAGCUUAUGCUCAGCUUUGCACUGAGUUCAACCAAUGGGAUUGGGCCUUCAGGAAGAACAUGUACUCCUGGCUAAUGGAAGCUGAGACAAAGGUGUCAAACUUUGGCACAGAAGCAGAAAUUAAUAAUUUGGAUGAGUUACUGAUCCACCUCACAAAUGAGGCCUUUUUUGAACUGACUAAAGGGGAAACACUCAUUUUGGCCAAUCUCACUGAAUUCUACAAGAGGCAAGAGGGACAUGUUCACUUGGUAGUGAAAUACAAGGAAGACUUGAACAACACAGCCAAAACCGUCAGGAGGGAGACAGAGAACUCGGUGAAAAACAAGCUUGAGGCAGCGGUGGAGAUCAGAAAGGGUAUGUUCAGGUUAGAGAGCAUCAAGAACAAUCAAAUGGCCACAAUGGAGAAAAAGGUGCAGGGGCUGAUUGAGAAAUGCAGGAAAAGUAAAGAACUGUCAGAUCAACAGCUGGAGGAUGAAUUUAAGAAGAUGUGGGAUGAGACUGUAGCAGAGCUGCACUUCCCUGGCAUGGAAGAACGAGACAUUGUGCAAGACAUCUCCCACCAGCUGCAGGUUAACUUAGAGAUGAAAGGCAGCUCAGUACGUGAAAAACUGUCAAAAGUGGGCAACUUGUCUGAAUAUGGAAGAAAGCCACUCAAAGUGAAAAGUAAACAUUUGGGAUCAAAACAAUGGUUUUGGAAUGUAUCCUCAGGAAAGGAGCUGACGGAGUUCCAGCAGGUAGUUGAUCACAUCAUUGAGCAGAGCAAGCAGUUUGUCGAUGAGAAAGUGAGAACAAGAUCUGAUUACCAUAAAACAUACACAAUAGAGUUGCUUUGCAAGGUAGAUGAAAUCCUGGACAGGCACAGGAAUCUGGAAACAACUGCUGAAUUUCAGGCCAAGCUGAAGAUCCACAUCUGUGGACAUGCAGCACGGGAGUUUCAAAAAAUGCAUCUGGCUUUCAUCCAUGCAAAUGAUCCUCAUCGCUGUCUGGAACAGUUCAAGCAACAGUACGACACAGACUUUAAGGACCUGUUCAACAAAAGAGACCAGUGUCAGAAGAAAGCCAAUGAUUUCAUUGUUAACUGUCUUCAACCUGCGGUGAAGGAAUACAUCACCAAAUCUCUGGGCCCUGACCUUGUGGAUGACAUGUUGACAGGACAGAAAGCCAUUGCUUUCAGCACUCGAACCUUCUUCCAGUUCUCAAUCCUUGAGCAGCUGCUUAAGGGUGAUAACUUUCAGGACUUUGUGAGAUACAUAAAAAAUUACGAGACCUUUGUACAGGACUGGAUAUUGAAGCUGAUGGUGAAGCAGUUCUCGGAGGAAGAUAGCCUCAGGAACAUUGAGAUGAAUCGCCUGAAGGUGAUGGUUAGCAGAAUAAAAAAAGCCAUUGAGAAUGCACAGAAGAAGGCAGCUGAACAGGCAGCAAGAAGGGGUGAGGAGGCCCAGAACAUUCAGCAGUUCAUUCAGGAUAUCUGUCGUGACCUAGCGAAGGAGCUUAUCAUCCCCAAAGACCCCCUCAGCGCAGUCCUGGCCUUAAACUCUGCCAAGCCAGAAGAUUUUUCCGGGUGGCUGGAGGUGCUCGUGGAUGAAAUGGUGCAGGCUAUUACCGCAGAGUUUCAGAAAGGUGGGGAUGUGAGGGCCAGGCUGACCUCACUGCCCUUUCAGCCACAGAAGGAGCUGUUUAACAGGGUGCUUGGCUGUGGGAAGCAGUGUCCCUUCUGCAUGACCCCCUGUGAAGCUGGUGGCAAGAGCCACACAGAGCACUUUGCUUCCAUUCACCGUCCUCAGGGCAUUGCAGGAUGGAGGAAUCAUGUAUCGCAGAUAUUAGUGAGCAAUAUCUGCUCCACUGAUGUUGCCAGUGAGGGAUGCUUCAGGUUGACUGGAACAGAGGCGAAAUACCAUCCAUACAAGGACUAUUGGAACAUUUACCCUGACUGGCUCAUCCAGCCUGACACCAGCAUCCAGGCCUCAGACUACUGGAAGUACAUCUUCAGCAAGUUUAACAAGCAGUUUGCAGAGGAAUAUAAAGCCAAGCCUGCUGAUAUUCCCCCCCAAUGGAGAUAUAUAACCCAGGAACAAGCCACGGAAAGUCAUCAUUUUCAAAGGGGACAGUUCAAUCAUCACUGAUGUUUGGGAAGAGUGAGAAUUCCUGAUCACUGACGCAGACACUGCUGAAUUCCUGCAGCCUCCCCUGGGUCCUCUCUGGUUUUAUGAGAGAUAAUACCAUCAGCAGCUCAUUGUACUCAUAAAAUCAUAUUCAUACUACAAAGUGUUAUUGCCUCUGUCAUUACCUGUGCAGCACUUAUCUGUACAAAUCCUGCCUGUGAAUCAUCAUGGCUGAUCUCUGUCCAUUGUUCCAUUCAAUUGGAUGGUAAAUAGCCUGUGAUAUUUUAACAGUUUAACAGACAUAAUUUCAUAUAUUCACCUCCAUAUUAAAGAAGAUAUGGAAAUAUGUGUUCAAAUAUAUAAAAAUUAUGUGUUAAUCAUUCUUAUAAUAUAAUUAUAAUUAAUCUUAUAAUAAAAGCAUAUGAUCUUCAUGUGUCAUUGGCAAUCAUCAGCUCUAUAUCUUUGCUUGCUUAGGUGUUUGAAGUUUAUAAUUUACUGCCUUGUUGAUCUCAUAUGUGUGAUACUCAUCACUAUAUGUUAUAUGUCACUAUUAUGACAAUACUUUUCCAUUUAGAAAACUGAAUUGAAACUUUGUUUUGCAUCUUUGUAAAACUAAUGAAUUUCUCCAGACACAUUCACAUUCUCACAUUAAAAUAAACUUUUCAUUUGAUUUGACCUUCAUGAACUGUAUUUUGUUUACUACCUUGAACUGGGCUCAAAGCGAAAUUUUUGUGAAAUGUCAAUUGCAAAAACUGAAAUGUCUCAUUUUGUUUUUGAAUGGUUCAAUGUAUGCAAUCUAUGCACUGUGUCUAUUAAAUGAUUUGUUUUGAGUGGUUCAAUCUA